CUCUCUUCUUCUCUUUCCUUAUUUCUUCUUGGGAAUCUAUUUUGUAUUUUGUAUUUUUUAUUUUUAUUUGUGUGUAUUUUUUUACUAUUAUGUAAUAGAGAGGCUUUGCCCCCAACAGAAAAUUUUUUUCUAUUCCCUCUUUGGGGGAAAUUACUAUUACUGUGUUGGGGGGUGGGGCGGCCCUUUAUAUUUGUUUGUUGUUCCUUCAAUUCUCUUUCUUUAGAGGCAAAAACCCACAUCAAGCAAAGAGAGAAGAAACUGCGAAAAAAAGAUUUUUGAGGAUCUGAGAAAGGAGGAGAAGAAGAAGAAGAAGAAGAAGAAGAACCAGAAAAGGAGAAAAACAACAACUCACUUACAGAGGAAAACCCACUUGUGUAGAUACAUAUACAUAUAUACACAGCCACGGGCCACGCCCUCAAUCUACAGUUGCACAAAAUAAUUAUUAUAUUCCGGAGCAAGAGAGGUAGAGAGGAAGAGGAGAGAACAAAGAGAAAUACUUUUUAGUUUUUCCCUUUUUUUUUUGUUUGUCUUUUCCUCCUCCUCCUCCUCCCCCCUUUGAUCUUCCUUCUCUGUUUUCCCCACAAUGUCUACUUGUUUUCGGAAUUAACUUCACCAAUCUAAUCUCUUUAAUCUCGAAUCCCUUGAAUUUUUUCUGGGUUUUCCUUAAAAAUUUGUUCUUUUUUUUCCAAAUUUUUCUUUCUUGGAAAAAAAUAAGGAAUGAAAAAAUAAAAAUAAAAACCUAUUUAAAAAAAGUGAUUUUUAUCCUCUUCAAUUGCUCCCCUAAGAAUCUUCUACCACUUUGUUUCAUCUUGAUCUUUUUUAUUGAUUUUCAAGCGGUUCCCAUUACUUUUCCCCCUCGGAUUUGUGGUGUAAAACCAGUGUAAUUUGUGGGGAGAAAUUGCAUUUUUGGGUGGGUUUCUUGACUGAUCUUUCUAGGGUUUGAUCUACUGGAGCAAAGUCCCUAAUUGCCCUUUGUGAAUAAGCAGGAUUGUGAUCAGAAUAACACCGGAUAAUGGUUUGAGAUCGGUGAGCUUCAUCUGGGUAGCUUAGAUUGUGGAGUGCUUGAACCCUUGUACUGUUUUCAAUUGGGCAGUUCGAACAAGGAGCAAGUUGUGGGAUUCUGCAGCUCUAUCCUUAGCCUCUGGUCUGGCCACUAAUAAAGCUUGAAAGGAGUUCAGGAGAACUUGGUUUGAUUGGGUAUUGGGACUUGGUUAUAUGCAUGGUGCUGAGACCUAACUAAUUUUGCUCAGAUUGAGGUUGCAGUCUUCACUAGCUGCUUUGUUUCUAUUGUGAUCUUUCUGUUGGUCCAGCAAAGAGGCUCUGAUUUUGAUUUGGGAUAUUGGGCAGGUGGUAGUUCUUUAGUGGGAAAGGAUCAGGUUCCUGUGGACAUCUGGAUUCUUCAAAAUAAAGUUCAGGUUGAGACUAUUUGGUUAGUGGAAUAGUUGUGCACUUUCCAAAAGAGUAGCUCUGUUUUCCCGGCAUUUUCCACCCUAGUUUGCUUGGUUUGCCAGCAGAGAACGGAUCCACUCCAUUGGUUUUGGUAUUUAGUUCGAUCACCUUGAAGAAGGCGAUGGACUAAUGUCCAAUCUGGGAUUGCGCGCUGGGAAUUUGUGCAUGGAUAAACGAUUUUUUCAUGAUUUUUUCCCUUACUGGAAUAAGAGGAGCAGAAGCAGAAACUAAGGGAAGCUUUGUCUCUGGUGGAGAGUUUCCACUGUAUAAUUCUCUUGAUCACGUGCAAUGUCUCGCUGCUUUCCAUUUCCACCUCCAGGAUAUGAAAAGAAGGCUAGACCUGAUCAAGAUGCAAACUUGUCAAUAAAGGUUUUGCUCUCUGAUGUAACUUUAUGACCUAUGACAAAUUCUCUUGCUGGUGAUUCUCUUGUUUAGCACCUCUGCAUUUGCUUUAAGGUUGCAGCAUUUAGGCAUGAUGUUUAAGGCCUAACAUGAUUGGAAGAAUUUGUGAGAUGGGGAUAAGAAAAGGAAGGACCGCUUGUUGAUUAAAUGUAGGCAACAUUUAAUGGGUGUGACUGACUUAGUAAUAACAAUUUUAACAUGCGUCCUGUGAGGAUUAUCGUUGGUUGCUAGAGAAGAAUUAUUGGAACAAUUCAUGAUGAGAAGAUCAGAAAGACAAAAAGCAGAAGAAAGAUAAGAAGGACAAAGAAAAGAAAGAGAAAAGAGAGAAGGAAAAAGAAAAAAGCAGUGAAAAAGAAAGGGAAAAGAAAGAGAAGAAGCAUAAGCACAAAGAUAAGAAGGAAAAGAAAAGGGAUAAAGAAGGAAAAAAAUCAUCUGAGGAGAGGAAAAUCGUAGGCCUCUUAGAUCAUCAAAAAAGUGAACAAGUUGGUCAAGCAGGCGUACAGGUUGGUGAGACACAUAACUCUAGACCUUCGGUUGAUUUUGGGAAGAAAGUUAGGAAUGAAAAUGGAGUCAAGGAAACACAGAUCAUUGAAAGGAUUCGGGUUCCAGAUCUCGCUAUGCAGUCAUCAGGUAAGGCAACAGAGCUCAGUAACAACAUUCUGGCCGAGAAGAUUCAGAAAUUUAAGGACAAGAAGGAAGAAAAUAGGAUACCUAAUGGACAUCAUGUCAGUGCAGUUGGGUUGGCCAAUGGUUUUGUUUCCCAUUUUCCUCCCAAAGAGCAAAAGAGUGUUGACGGAGGUGGUCUUCAAGAAGUUAAGUUUAUGGAGAAGCAGAAGGAGCAUAAAGAUACUAAUAAGCAAAGGAAUAAUGAUGGAAAGGGGGACAAACCCAAGGAUGGAGAUAGAGAAAAGAAAAGUAAAUCGAAGGAUAAAAAGAGGAAAAGGGAGAAGGAGAAAGAGAAGGAGAAGGAGAAGGAGAAGAAGGUGAAUGAGUUAUCUACCUCAACUCCAAGUAAAGUAAGAGAUGGUGGGAAUAAUGCUGUAGAUUGUAGCAAUGAUAAAGGGCUUAUUGUGUCUAAGGAGAGUAGUUCAAGUCGUGGAAUUCUUGACAAAAGAAAGGAGCCCGAAAAGGAUGGAGUUUUAAAUGGCAAUGAGGUUAAGAGUAAUAAAUUAUUAAGGCCUACAUCUGGCUCUCAUCAAGUGCUUCCAACUGGAAAUAGUACGGAUGCUUCAAAUGUCGGCAUCCAGUUUCCUCUGGAGGAGGGUACGGGGCUAAGACAUAAGUCGAAGUCCAAGAGCUCAUCCUCCAGCCCAGUUGUUCAAAAUGGAACGAAACUGGAGAUGAGACAAAGUGCGAAUAACAUUAUGACUGAAAAGCAGGAGCUGGUUAAUAACCAGAGUAAAGCUACUAGCAAGCCCUUUACUCCCGUGAAGCCUGCAUUUGGAAAUGGUAGGAAUUUGGAGCCAUGUGAAACUGUAAGGAGUUCUGCUGCCAGUAUGGAGCCAGGGGUGGUUGCUAAUCCUGCACUGGACAAAAAGGCUGUACCUUUGCAUCCUGUUGAAAAUGGGAGGAAAUUACAAUCCAGCCCAGCCAACCACCUAUCUGCUGUAGACAGGCAGGGGAUGGUCGCCAAACUUAAGUUUGGUGAUAGAGAAUCAAAGAUAAAUGGCGUGUUGGCCCCAAAAUUGGAUGAGAAAGCAUUGAAGAUAAAUGGUGUGGUGGAGCUCAAGAAGCAAAGUGCUGGAGCUAAACUUUCAGAGAAGCCAACUACUUCUGGACAACAGAAGGACAUUUCUGAAAUGCCCGUGAAGCCUCCUCAUCCUGAUGUCAAAUAUCUAGAUAAUAUACUUUCUAUUCCUAAAGUUGAAUGGUCUGACGUGGAUGAUCAGACAUGGCUUUUUAGUCACGAAAAUCAACUGGAAACGAAACCGAGAAAGGUUUCCAUGAUGACUGAGGAGCCAAAGCAGGUAUGGGCAGAGGCGAUGCACAUAGAGUCUGCAGAUGUGACUGCGUUACCUUAUGUGAUUCCAUAUUAGUUGGCCGAGGAAGUUAACUGUCUUAUCCACUUCAGCACCAAGUACAGCCUCAUUAUGGUACCCUCCUGUUCUCAUCUGUGUCUUCCACUAUAAUUGUGGAACCAAGGAUUGGUGCCUAAUUUUGUUCAGGUAGGGUCUUCAAAAUCGUCCCUAAGGAUCGACUUCCUUGUUAUGCUUCCUUGAGGAGCACAUUAUAGUUCUUAGGGUGAAAGGCUCGAGAGCACGAAAGAAGGUGAUGAACGAGCUUUGUAGGAACUUUGAAUGACCCAAUGGAAGCAGGACGACCUGGUUGGCGCCACUCGAUCAAAGAGUUCGAAUAUGUAAAUAGCACUGUCAUACUUCAUUUGUGUUCGAUCUCUACUGCUAGCUCCUGUUGCGGGGGAACUAUUAUUGUUACCAUUGGACCAUGAUGUCUUAGCCCAGAGUUAAAAAGGAUGAAAUGAUGAGAGAGAGCCAAUGCUGUAGAUUGCAGAGAGCUUCAGAAACAGGGAGAAUGAGAGUAGUUGUGGUCUUCAGUUGAAACCGCAAUGCAAUUUUGAUUUAUGUAAUAUAUUACACUGAACACACGUGAAAUUAUGACAAAUAGUGGAAAAUAGAAGAGGGAAAUAGUUUUCCAUUCUUUUCUUGACGGGUAGCUUUUCAUCAUAUUUUUGUGAGCAACUCAUUAUUCUUCUUCCUUCAACUGAAAAUGCCCUUAUGGAGAAAAUAUGAUAUACAAUAGCUGUACUCACCUUUUUAGUGUAACCGAUCAAUAGGGAUUAAUCUUAAUUUUUUUUUUGUGUCC